AUGGCUUCCUUCUAUUCAUAUCCUGAAUUAUUUUUGGCGGGUUUUAUAUUUACCUUGCCCUUUUUAUACGAAAAAAGCAAUGUUUUUCGAUAUUACUUAAAGUUUUUUCUAUAUUACACUUAUGUUUUAAUAACAUGUACCGUUUUAUUACCAGUUGUGCUUCUUUACCCACGCGAUGUGACGAAUCUUGUAGUUGCUUCUAGAUUUUGUCGUUAUGCUUCGCAUAUCGUCGGAAUAGAAUGGGAACUACGAGGACUAGAGAAUUGGGAUAAUGAAGAGUGCUACAUCGUUAUAUCAAAUCAUCAAAGCUCAUUAGAUAUACUAGGUAUGUUCGAAAUGUGGCCCCGCAUGAAGCGGUGCACUGUUGUCGCCAAACGACCAUUAAUGUUCGCUGGUGCAUUCGGUUUUGGAGCUUGGCUGUCUGGUUUAGUUUUCAUAGACCGCUUAAAAACAGAUAAAGCUCGACUACUUAUGAAGCAAGCAACGGAAAGAGUUAUAGCAGAAAAGACCAAAUUGUGGAUUUUUCCUGAAGGAGCAAGAUAUAACAAAGGUUGCAUUCAGCCUUUUAAAAAAGGUGCUUUUUAUUUGGCCAUUGAUUCCCAAAUACCAAUCAUGCCUGUUGUAUUCAGUCAGUAUUAUUUUCUUGAUAAUGAAACAAAAACUUUUGAGCCAGGGAAAGUUGUCAUUACCACUUUACCACCAAUUCCUACCAAAGGCAUGACACGCGAUGAUUUGGAAACUCUGUCAGAUAUGGUACGACAACAAAUGAUAGAAGUUUUCAAUGAGAGCUCUAAGGAUCUAGUCAGGCAGAAGAAGAUUGCUGUUUAAGUUUGAUAAGUUUCUGUGCCAUAUGUGUCUUUUUUUUUUUUUUUUUUUGUAAGGUGUUUCUCAAUGUUAGCCAGAAGGGCUUCUACAUUUUAACGCGGAGUGUUUUAGUGGAGGAGGCCAGAAGGGCCCUAAUCGGACGGGAUCGCCAUAUGUGUCGUUAUCUUGAGCCUUUUAUUUAUAGUCUCCAUGUUAUUUAUUUGAAAGACUAGUUAAGUUUUUCCAUUGAUGCCAUUUUCUAGUCAUGUAGAGUUAGUUAUUCAGAAUGUAUUCAGUCAAAGUAUUAUUUAUUAUAUAAUUAAUCAUAAUCUCAUUUAUUUACCAUGUAAAUGAAACAAUUUUUUAAAGAUAUUAAAUAUAUUUGGCAAAGCCACUUAUGUAUUGCAUUUUGGCUGUGUAACAAAAAUAAUUGUGUCUUAAUUGAGCGGUUGUGAGACUGAGUGCUUGUUACUUCAAUAAUUCCAAUAUAAUAAAAUACAAUCAGGAGUAUGUAUGAAGGCUAAUUUUCUGUAACUACUGAUAUAGCUAAUUAUAUUAUGUAUUUAAUGUUUCAAAAUACAUAAGGAUACAUAAGUAAACCAUUUAAAUGUGUAUAUUGUUUAUAUAUUAUAAUCAUGAAGCUUUCUAAAAGUGAUACAUUUACAAGUGUUAUGUAUGUGUUGUAUUUGUUUUAAUUAUUACUAAAUAUUUUAAACAAACAU